AUUUUUUGCAACAUUAAAUAUUUAAUUUUAAACAACAUGAAAUUGCAUGCAUUACAUUUAUUUUUUUCCUGUCAAAAUGGAAAGAAAUACAUUUAGUAAGAAAAGUGUCCAGUUUGGAUACAUUUUACUUUUAUUGCAUCCCGUAUCAAGCAGGUGCUAGCUUAAACUAUUGGUACCCAUAUGACGCCACUAGAUGACAGUAUUGCCCUGCAAAGCCUUCUCGUUUCCUCCAUUACAUUUCUGUCAGGUAUCAGGUGAGUAGUUUUGCUUUCUUUCAGUUUUAUCCCAAAAAGUACAUACUUCAAUGGAAAUAUUUCAUUAACAAUGUGGCCCUUCCUGUUCCCUCUUUCGGGUUUCAUGAAAGCCAUGCAGGGUGAGUACUUUAUAACUUCUCUUUCAAGGUUUUUAUGAUGGCAACAGCGUAACAAAACCACUUUUUUCCUCCAGGGAAUAUUAUUUGCCGCGUGCGUGCGGGUGUGUGUGUGUGUGUGUUGCUGCAGUGUGACCUGCUUGCCAGCUCCAGUCGGUGUGUUGCUGCAGUGGAUUAGCAUUUAUUUUUAAAGCGGUGCAUCCAGAGCGCCAAGCCCAGUGUGGAUGUGAGAGCUCCGUGAAGAUGCAGCGUAUCUACAUGCACAGCAACGAGCACUUUGAAGUGUUCACCACUGUCCUUGCGCCACAAGGCAUAAGUCGAUACACAGCACAAGCUGAGAAGAUGGUGGUGGUACACAGCUACAAUCCUCACUGGCCAGAUGAGUUGGAGCUGGCUGCUGGUGACGUCAUGGUGGUUCUGUCCCAGCACGAGGAGGGGCGCUGGUUCGGACGUCUGCAGGACGGCCAGCAGGGCUACUUCCCCGCUUCCUGUGUCAUGGAGCUGGGCCAGGAUAAAAGCCUCAGAAGGAGCUCAUCUCUGAGAACAUCGGAACAUGACGGGAGCGUACGUCGUAACAGUGCGAGUGGACACAUUCUGCAGGCGCUCAGGAGGGGGAGCCGAGGAGGCGGCGGCGCAGGGGAAGUGAGCCUGGAUGGCGGCCAGGAUGGCAGCGAGGCCCCCGCCGUGCCCCCGUCGCAGAGGCCCUUCUACUCCCCGCAGCUUCAACACGCGAGCCCCCAUCCUCAGAUGCAGCGCUCCUCCCCGGGUCUGCUGCACAGGAUCUUGUCCAGGUGCCGCAGGAAGAGCGAAUGCCAGGGGGCCACCAACGGGGCCUUUGAGGAGGACUAACUCAAGUGGUGGGCAGGGCAGGGGGGCCCAGUGGAUGUCUUCUCUCAGCAUCCAGGUAUCGUGGCGUCCAUGUUGUGACAUUACAAAGGGGGCGUGGCUUCAGAACCAGAAGUUGUUUUUCUUUCAUUUAAGCAAUCGCAAUUCUUUUGUUUCUCAAACAGUGGGUCAGGGCCCACUGUGUGGUCAUGAGCAGCAAUGGAGAUUUCUUUAUUCGUGUCGGCACUCUAGUAUUCGUGUUAGAACGAUACACAAGCCUGCAGCUAGGUGGCAGCACUGCCAAAUCUAAUCAACACCCUCUCGGUUCUACCCAGUAAAACUAGUAAGUACACAGGAACACGUGUACUUACUUCUUCGACCCAGUAUAAGUUGUAAGUACAAAGGAACACAUGUUUAUUUACUUCUUCUACCCAGUGUAAGUAGUAAAUAGACAGGAACAAAAUGUACUCUUACCAAUUAAAUAAGAAAAAAUAUAUUCAUUCAAAAUGUGUACAAAAAGUCUAACAAAAUUGUUUAUAUUGUCAGAAUAUAUUUUGGAAUAACUGUUAAAAAAAAAGUCAUCAAAUCAGAAACUUUAUUACAAAAGUCUUGACAGACCAACUCAAUGUGUAUGGAAAAAAGAAACAUCACUGAAAAAUAAAUACGAUUUUUUAAAAUUGAAUUAUGCAAAUGUAAUUGAUUAGAAAUUCAAUACUAAAUGUUUAAAAAAAAAAAAAAUACAAUUUGUGAUUAUUUAUUUAAAAUAAUAUCUAAAGAUUCCAUUAAAUAUAAAGAAAUGAUAAAUAACAAUUGAAUACAAAAAAAUAUAGUAAUUCUAACUUCUUUAAUAUCUGGGACGGAAAUGUCCCACAAACACAUAUAUUUUUGGAAUGAAUAAAACUUUGUAAAUUAAACAUAUAUCUAAAAUCAUAUAUUCAUAUAUCAUAAUUUAUAUUUAUUUUUGAAUACAAAUCCACCAAAUUAGCUCCUAUUUAUUUCAAAACAUGAAGGAAAAAUUUACUUAUUUUUAUUCUUAAAGAAUCCAUUAAAUAUAUCAAUAUACAACAAUUGAAUAUACAUAAGGUCUAAUUAUUCUAACUUCAUGAAAUAUCUGGGGCAGAAAUGUAUCAUAACCAAAACAUUUUUUUUCAAUUUAUAACAAUUUCUUCAAUAAAAAUGUAUACAAAUUGACCUAUAUAAUAUAUGUAUCAUAAUUUAUGUGAAUAUGAGCAAAAAUGUAAACAUUUUAAAAUGUAGAGGCCACUUUGGUGCUUAAUGCAUUUAUUAAUAAUUGUAAUGUGAGCUGUGUUCUUAUUUAUUUUUGGACUAUAUCAUGGGCCGGUAAAAAAAACUAACCCUGAGAUGCAUAUGUUCCCCAGGCUUCACUUUGAACACCCUUUAUCAAAAACGGUUCAAAUUAAAACACGGUAUAUAAUGUGCUUUGUAAGCGGCUUCGUUAUUGUCUGUGUCACUAUAAAGCUUGUGUGACUCUGCAAUGUAAAUAUGUGAAAGUGAAACUUAUUUUUAUCAUUAAACAACCAGCAAUAA